AUGAAAAGAGACAAUGUAGUUCUUGUGUUAUAUUGUUUACUGCUAGUCUCGACAGGUUUUGAAGUCCAUGCGCAAGAUUAUGACUAUAGUUUUACAGCUGAGUGUUUGAAAAAUCCUCUUAAACCUCAAUAUAAUGGAGGGAUAGUGAUAAAUCCAGAAUUUAAUGAUGGAUUAAAUGGAUGGAGCCUUCUGGGAGUUGCUAAAGUUGAGAACAAUGUCUCAAGUGAUGGAAAUAAAUUCAUCGUUGCCUCGGAAAGGAAAGGACCAUAUCAUGGUCUUUCACAAGAGUUUCAAUUGGACAAAGAUAAAUUUUACGUAAUUUCUGGUUGGAUACAAGUGAGCCAUGGUGAUGCCAAUGUAGCAGUCAUAUUCAAGACACAAAGUGGUUUUCAACAUAGUGCCUGGGCGAUUGCUAAAUCUGGUUGUUGGUCCAUGUUUAAGGGUGGUUUAGUUGUCAAUACUUCUGGUCCUGCCCAACUCUAUUUUGAGACCAAUAAUACAGAAGUUGACAUAUGGAUAGACAAUAUUUCGGUACAACCAUUUAGCCAAGAAGAGUGGACGUCCCAUCAAAAUCAAACCAUUGAGAAGGUACGCAAAAGCAAAGUGGCAAUCCAAGUGGUUGACUCGCAAGGCAAGCCUUUACCUAAUGCGACAAUCUCUUUGUUUCAAGGAAGAGCCAACUUUCCAUUUGGUGUUGCAAUCAACAAAAACAUCCUUAAUAACAAUGCUUAUCAAAAUUGGUUCUUCUCAAGAUUCAAAUUCACUGUAUUUGAAGAUGAAAUGAAAUGGUACAGUACUGAAAAAUCUCAAGGCAAAGUAGACUACUCAACUUCUGAUGCAAUGGUCAAUUUAUGCAAGAGUAAAGGUGUCAGUAUUCGAGGCCAUAAUAUACUUUGGGAUGACCCAAAAUUUCAGCCAAAUUGGGUCCCUUCACUAUCUCCACAACAACUCUCUGUUGCUGCUGGAAAAAGAGUUGGUUCAAUCGUCGCGAAAUAUAGAGGUCAAGUUAUUCAUUGGGAUGUUGUGAAUGAAAACCUUCACUUCAAUUUCUUUGAGAGUAAGCUUGGUGCAAGUGCAUCUGCUACCUUUUAUCGUUUGGCUGCACAAUUUGAUAAUAAUACACCUCUGUUCUUGAAUGAUUAUAAUACGAUAGAAGAUCAACGCGACGGUGCCUCAUCACCAGCCAAUUAUCUUAAUAAGAUUAAACAAAUAAGAACAGGAGGGUAUAGGGGUCCUCUUGGAAUUGGAUUGGAAGGACAUUUUGUUACUCCUAGCCAGCCUUAUAUUAGGUCCGCACUUGAUACACUUGCUUCUGCAAAAUUGCCCAUAUGGAUCACUGAAUUGGAUGUCCAAAGCAACCCAAAUCAGGCACAAUUCUUGGACCAAAUUAUAAAGGAGGUAGUUGGACACCCAGGUGUUCAAGGGUUACUAAUUUGGUCUGCAUGGUCACCAAAUGGAUGUUACAGAAUGUGUUUGACUGAUAACAAUUUCAAAAAUCUACCAACUGGAGAUGUUGUGGACAAAGCUCGAGCGACCUUAUCACACGAGGAUUUGAUUGGGACUACAAAUGCGGAGGGUUACUUCGAGACUUCACUUUUCCAUGGAGAUUACAAAGCCAUUGUCACUCAUCCUUCAAUGAUCAUUUCGUCCUUUCACCACAAUUUGACAGUGAUACCUACUACAUCUGAAAGUACCAGUGAAAGAUUAUUAAGUUACAAAUUCAUUGCUGCAUGA